AUGAAGAUGGAGAGUUUGGUAUAUUCACUUCUUGUCAUCAUAUUAUCCGUACCGGAUAUGGCGCAAUGUGAGCGAGUUAGAAGACAAGUUUCAGGUCGUGAAAGUUGUUCGGAUAUUAGUGAUUGUCGUAAAGUUGGAAGUUUUCUCGGAAAGAUCGCAUUUAGAUGUGGGAAGGGCUCCUCGAUGAAGAUGUGCUUAAAGCUACCUACCUUGGUUAGAGAGACUACUACAAACACGGCUGUAUUUACUUCAAGGAAAACAACACCAACGGCAUCAACCACACCAACCGCUGUAACAUCAACCAAUAGAUUUACAACGACGUGGGAAGACAUGCUAGGCAAUGAAGUUGAAUUUGCAGGAGGUGCAGAUGAUCCAGUUGAUUCUACAAUCAAGAAAGUACACGCAUGCGCUGAUAUUGUCUUUAUCCUCGACUUUUCCUGCUCUGUCCCCAGAAAAGAUAGGCUAAUGGGUAUUCAGUUAAUAAAGAAGUUAUCAGAACGCCUUAUUCUCAACACGAAUGAUGGUGCAUGGUUUGGUGUGGUACCAUUUAGUAGGAAAGUCAUCAGGGAAAACGUUUGGAAAUUUCCCCCGGCAAAUAAAAAAGAUCAAACACUUCGAAGUUUUCUAGAUUCAUAUGAUGUCCGUCAGCCUUGUAAAACUAGAAUACGAUUUGCAUUUCAAUUUGCAAAUGAAACGUUCUUCAAAAAACCAAAUGAUCGAAACGACGAUGAAUACAAAGACCUUGUUAUUGUUGUUGGCGAUGGAAGAACAUCUCCGCGGCCACGUAUUGAGAAAAAGAAUGGGCGGGAUUACGCUAAUGCUUUGAAAACGGAUGACGGGAUUCAAAUUGCUUGGGUCAAGACAAACACUCUUCUUGUCAACAGGAAAAAGAAUUUGGCGAAUAGCAAAGCCCUAGAGAAAGCCAUUACCGAGGGAGACGCUGAGAUUGCAGAUAUAGUUCCCGAUCCAUCAUUAAGAUUCUCUUUAAACGAAGAAAUAGAGCACCUGGAUGAUCCGCAAGCUGUAGGUGGAAUCCUCGAGUUUAUACGAGAUAAUUUCAAAUGCAACUUAUAA